GUUUUCUCGGCCACCACAAAACCUUCACCAUGCGCCACAGCACUCUCUUCGCCGCCCUCUCGGCGCUCGCUGUCGCCGCUGCCCAGAACUUCACCAUCGAUCCGAACACGGUCGAACCCGUGCUGAAAUCCCAGUGGUGUGGCGCCGAGUACAACAGCUGCAAAGAGCUUUGCGGCGGCAACCCAACCAAGAACGAGUGCGAUGUGAACACCCUGUCCUACAACUGCACAUGCUCCAAUGGCACGGCUCCGGGCCUGCAGUACUACAUUCAGACAAUCCCGACUUUCAUCUGCGAGAAAGCCUACACUGACUGCAUCGCGGCUAAUAUUAACAGCGCGAAGGCUCAGGAUGAUUGCAAGACCAACAUCAAGAACAAGUGCGGUACUCUGGAUCCCGCCAAGGCCGAGGUCAACACGGGCUCGAGCUCUUCCAGCAGCAGUGCUGCGCCAUCGUCCACCAGUGCUCCGUCCCAGACCUCGGCUGGUGGCCAGAGUGCUGCUCCCAGCUCCUCUUCCUCCAGGGCCGCUGCCGCCGCUACCAACAUCGCCUAUAUCGGCAACGGCGUCGCCGCGGUUGCUGCCGGCGUCUUUGCCGCCCUUCUCUGAGAAGCGCUGCACCGCAUUGGGACACUGCACACAUGUCACACAGAGUGUGGCUGUCUCGCAGCAGUGACGCGGGGCGUUGAUCAUUCAUCUUCUUGCGUGGAUUUUUCGCCUCGAUUUCCCUCUGGACAGGUUUUCGCAUCGGCGACAGCAGGACCUGCAGGUACAUAACUCGCCGUUAUGAGGUUGAUCUUAGCUCAAGAGCCCUAAUGCGAGCGUACGACAAGACGAAGUUCCGUUGAUGAUUUCAGGAUGAGGAAUGACGGCGGAGAGAGAGCGGGCUUAAUGGAGGAGGGCGGGGGCAGAGUCUGGGGGUGAACCAGGGUGUUUAGGAGCUAGAGUGCACUAUAUCCAUUUGUUUUUCAGGUUUGGGUUUUCGGGCUGUUCAAGACGUAAUAUGACCGGCCUACAGCUAUUGUGUGAGCAUGGACAAUGUUCGGAUGCUGAACAAGCGCUCCAUCCUUUGUCCACUCGCACACAAUCA